GAAAAGGCUAACCGUAAACGCAAUAAAACUAACAAGGUUGCACCGGUUUUACGCCUCUUGUCACUCUAUUCUCUCAUGUUAUUGGUGCAACUGAAAGCAACGGAGCCACUACGUUAAAAAUGCUCCAGAGGCUCCACGUGCUCCUGCGGGCGGCUCCGCUGUCUGCUGCGGCAUUACGAAGCCUCUCUUCGGGCUAUGCCAGCGUCACGGCCCCGCUGAACUUCUGGGGUGGAAAAAGAAGGGCGAGCAAAGAAAGGAACUAUGGGGAGAACGUCUACGAGCCUGCAACAGGGCGCGUCCUGUGCACGUUGGAUCCAUGUGGUCCCUCUGACGUAGAGCAGGCCGUGGAGGCAGCCAAGUCAGCCUUUGGUCCCUGGAGUAAAAUGUCUGGUAUGGAGAGAGCGAGGGUGAUGAUAGAAGCGGCUCUCAUCAUUCAGAAAAGGAGAGAAGACAUUGCUGAAAUGGAAGUAGUCAAUAACGGAAAGUCCAUCACAGAGGCCCGCCUGGAUGUGGACUCUGCCCGGCUGUGUAUAGAGUACUAUGCAGGACUGUCCAACACUCUUGCGGGCCAGCAUGUGCAGUUGCCAGGUGGAUCGUUCGCCUACACACGCAGGGAGCCUUUGGGCGUUUGCGUUGGCAUCGGUGCUUGGAAUUACCCUUUCCAGAUCGCUGCCUGGAAGUCAGCACCAGCACUGGCCUGUGGCAACACCGUGGUGUUCAAGCCGUCCCCAGUGACGCCUGUGACAGCGGUCACGCUGGCGGAGAUCUAUGCCGAAGCUGGAGCCCCAGAGGGCCUCUUCAAUGUGGUGCAGGGGGGGCAGGAGACGGGUAGCUUGCUCUGCCACCACCCUGACGUGGCAAAGGUGUCAUUCACCGGGAGUGUGUCAACUGGACAGAAGAUUAUGGAAAUGGCAUCCAAAGGGGUUAAACCAGUGACGUUGGAGCUCGGCGGGAAGUCCCCCCUGCUCAUCUUUGAGGACAGUGACCUGGAGAAUGCAGUCCGGGGCGCGCUCAUGGCAAACUUCCUUUCUCAAGGCCAGGUUUGUAGCAAUGGGACAAGAGUUUUUGUCCAGGGUCAUAUUCUGCAUGAAUUUGUGGAUAAAGUGGUCAAAAGGACCCAGGCCAUUGAGAUUGGCGACCCGCUACUAGAGAGUACCAGAAUGGGAGCGCUGGUCAGCCGGCCACAUCUAGACAAGGUCCUCGCCUUUGUGGCUCAAGCGAAGGAGGAGGGGGCCACUGUAUUGUGUGGCGGUGACCCCUUCGUCCCUUCAGACCCUAAACUAAGACGUGGAUACUACAUGACUCCAUGCGUACUGUCUAAUUGCAGAGAUGACAUGACCUGUGUAAGGGAGGAGAUCUUUGGUCCCGUCAUGUCUGUGUUGUCUUUCGACACAGAAGAGGAAGUGCUCCAGCGAGCCAAUGACACCGCCAUGGGGUUAGCUGCAGGACUUUUCACCAGAGAUGUGAAACGCGCCCACCGUGUGACUGAACACCUCAAAGCUGGUUCCUGUUUCAUCAACAACUACAAUAUCACUCCUGUGGAGGUUCCCUUUGGAGGCUUCAAAAUGUCAGGCAUAGGGCGGGAGAAUGGCCAGGUGACAAUUGAACACUACUCGCAGCUGAAGACUGUGUAUGUGGAGAUGGGGGACGUUGACUGCCUCUUCUAGGAAACGCCAACCUACAGGAAUAUGGACCCACUGGAACAUGGAGUGAACGAGUGACUCAGCGGACACCCACGUUGCCUUAAGCUGUAAUUGUUAAGCGAGCCAUCAAAUAUUUUUGCACUCCCUGGGACAUAUUUGAGGUAGACGCUACUACGAAAUGUCCUCUGAAAUAUUUGAAGAACUGACAUAGCCAAAUGGAUCAAACUGAAGUUAGUUUUUCCACUAUUAAAAACUGUGAUUUUUGUACAUUAGCACAUCUGCCUCACAGUUCUGAGGACCGGGGUUCAAAUCCCACCCCUCCCUGUGUGGAGUUUGCAUGUGGUUUUCCUUUGCCUGCGUGGGUUUUCUCCAGGUACUCCGGUUUCCUCCCACAUCCCAAAUACAUGUGUGGUAGGUUGAUUGAAGACUCAUAAAUUGCCCGUAGGUGUGAAUAUGAGUGCGAAUGGUUGUUUGUUCAUGCGUACGUGCCCUGCGAUUGGCUGGCGACCAGUUCAGACCCGAUGAUAGCUGGGUUGGGCUCCAGCACACCCGCGGCCCGCGUGAGGAGAAGCAGUACAGAAAAUGGAUGGAUUUUUCUCCAUGUAAUUUACAGUGUUUGCCUUUUUGCAAAGCGGUUCUCAUUCUUAUGCACAAAAAAAUCUAAUACAUAUUUUAAUACGAAAUUAUUAAUUGAAUACUCACGGAAAAUUUUAUUUAUGAACAUACAAAUUCACACAACAAUUUGCAGUACACGACUCUAAUUAGAAAUGGCACAAUAACAUUCUGCCAAGUGUUUCAGUAAAACAUAGGAACAGCUUGAAUUGAAAUAUAAUGUAACAUUACAAUCAACAGUGUUGCAGAAAUAAAAUGUGCAACAAUACACUUGUGAUUAGCGUGUUGAUCGUCUUUUUGGUAAAUGUUACACAUAACGUCGUCUUCUCUUCUUUCUUGUCUCAUUUUUGGUUGCGGUCUUUCUCUAAAUAGAAACAAAGGUAAAAGCAAAACAUUCCCAUCCAGUGCUUUGCAUGAGUGUGCCUUGAAUUUAACGUACCUUUACCACGGGCUUUGUGGGUCUCUUGAACUGUGAUGACUCUUUAUGAAGCCAAGUUUACAGUGAAUUACUUUAUAUAGACGUCAGCUCUAUAACGACGGCAGCAGAUCAACUUACCAUCUUCAGACGGCCGAUCGUCAUCAGCAGACACUAUCUUGCAUGGGCCCUGUAAUCAGAGAUAGAUAGGGGGUUAAUCUUGUGCUUCACAGUUUAAAAAAUAUAUUUUAAAUUGGAACUAGUAAGUACUGCUUGGAGACAUAAUGACUGAUUGAAUAUAACCAGGAAUCAAAUGUUGUGUGUGACACAGAUCAGAAAAUACGUUGAUGCCAUACACAACUGAAGGAGUCACACAGUAUAUUGAGACCUCGAUGUGUAUGUUUAGGUCACAAGACCUUGUAGGUUUUCUGGAGUUCAUGUUAUCAUCGAUUUUAAUUGCAAAGUGAUUAAUGAAAAUGCUUAAACUUGGGUUUGUUUAUUCAUAUCAUUUGCCCCAAAUUUCUACAAAGGUUAUCAUCUAAGGAUUUCAUUUGAUUUUGGUCUUGUUCAUUGUCUCAACUCCUGAAAAGCAUGGCACUGGUUAGCUUUCAGUUAUGUGAUCUUUACUACAACAAACAUUUUCUGUGAAUGCAAAUUAACCAUUUUAAGUAGGUGUAUUAGUUAUGGUAAUUCAUCAGUUUUAACUUGAAAAACACUAUAGUAUUCGAAAUGGAAAAUGGUCUAUGAAUAACAAAGCUAGAUUGGAUCGUUGGAGACCUACACACACGGACAAAAUUGUUGGCAUCCUUCUGUUAAAGAAAACAAAUUUGUCAGUCAAGUUAUUUCAAUGAGCAUCUUGUUUGUUUUUCUUUAAAGGGGAAAUGUUUUGCCAAGCUUACGUUUUCUAGUAUUUAGGAUGUAAUAUUGUCUCUAUGGUGCCUUAGUAAACAUGUGAAAUAUGAAUUAAAAUC